UCUCUCCCCUCACCCCCAUCACCAUGGCGCCCUCCACCUCCGCCUCGCGGCCCUUCAGUUUCUUCCGCCUGCCAGUCGAGCUGCAGCUGCGCGUCCUGCGUUGCGACCCCUUCUCGACUCUCGCGUUGAUUCGCGCUUCGAACAGCGUGCGAGACCUCUUCCAAACACACUCCAACUCCGUCCUCCGGUCCCUUCUUCACCUGUGGCCUCCACAAUUGCGCCACCUCAUCAGGACACUUCUUGCCGUUCGCCAAGGGCUACUACUUUCUUCUCCGGCAAACAAAGAAGAUAUUCGCCAGCUCUAUAACCGCUAUCUCGAGCCGGCGUCGGGCCACCCCGAACAUAUCGAUUUCCCCCCGCUACAGACGCUGAAGCUCCUUUGCACGCUGACCCUCGAUAUCGACAUCCUCUCCCAAAUCAUCGUCCAUCGGGCAGCCGAUGUGGCUGCGAAAGCAUUCCGAGCUCCCGCGAUCGAAGGAUGGCCGCCGCUCACCAGCAUUCUGAGCCAAGAAGAGCUCCACAGGAUCGAACGAGCAAUUCUUUGGCUCCUGUUAUAUUUUCAGCUCCGGCGCCAUAAACCGGGGGGCGCGUAUUUCUCGCUAGCAGACGUUUUCAUCGGCGAACUCUCGAGCUGGGAAAUCGAGGAGUGGUUCACCGCCGUGAACUUCGUCUGCUAUUUCGUGUACCACGUCAACGAGUCCGAGUUCCGGCCCUUAUACAAUCAGUACAGCUUUCGCUCCUUCUUUAAAGACAUUUCCCUGGAUUCUUUCCUGAGAGCGGCACGCAGUAUAGUAGAGUUCUCACCUUGGCAUUCUCUACGAAACGCCAUAAACGAGCAUCUAUCGUGUGCAUAAAUCAGUAGAAAUCUUGGCAGCCUCUCGAUUUUCGCGCGCGCGGGCGGGGUCAAGAAAGGACGCCUUUAUCUACAAAUCUCUCCUCAACGCUUUAAAAGAUUUUCUUCAAAAUUUGAAGGAGACUUCUCCAAUACGUGAAGAAGAGUUCUUUAAAUUUUAAAGAAAAUCCAUGUAAGCAUAAGAAACUUCGCAUUUUCUCUUCAACGCUUUAAAGAAUUCUCUUCAAAUUUUAAAGAACUCUUCUCCAUAUGUUGAAGAACGAUCCUUCAAAUUUUAAAGAGAAUCGAAGGGGUGGUGUUUUGUGCAUCCUUCAUGAAGGAGGUUUCUUCAUUUCUUUGAAUUUCUUUUCAACGCCGUAAAGGAUUGUCUUCAAAAUUUCAAGAACUCUUCUUUAUAUCUUGAAGAACUUUUCUUGAAAAUUUGAAGAGAAAAUAUCAAAGUUUAAAGAAGUUGAUUUU